UUUUACUUGAAGAUUAUUACUAGAAGUUACUUACACAUUUCAGGUUAAGCCCAAAGCUGAAGCUGAAUCUUGGGUUAGUAAUGGCUGGUUUUAGUAAUAACCUUGCUGUACUGGGAGAAUGGAGAGACUGUAGUCCUAACCAAAGGAAGAGAUCCAAAGCGGAACUUGAUAGAGAGGUUUCUUUAGAAGAAGACGUCAAGGAUGAUAAAGACUUUCUGCAAACCAUGUUUCAAGAGAAACCGUGUUGUUAUUCACGAGGUGGUCUUAGUGAAAGGAUUGCUGCUAGAUCCGGGUUUAAUGUACCUACUAGUAUAAACACUGAGAGUAGUACUCUUGGGUCACUAUGUUUAAACAUCUCUUCUCCUGGUGUUAGUCCUGCAUCUCUGCUAGAGUCUCCUGUCUUCCUCUCAAACCCUUUGCUAUCUCCAACAACAGGAAAGCUCUCAUAUCUACCUUCAGAUCAUAAAGCUAAGGAUGAGUUCUUUGAUCCUACAACCAUCGGUUUAGAACCUGAUGAUUCUCAGGCCUAUGAGCAGACACAUGACAUUGGCUUAGGAGACUCGAUGGCAUCGAGUGGUGCACCUGCAGAUGAUGGAUACAACUGGAGGAAAUACGGACAGAAGCUAGUUAAAGGAAGCGAGUAUCCACGUAGCUAUUACAAGUGCACACACCCAAACUGUGAGGUGAAGAAGAAGGUUGAACGGUCCAGGGAAGGUCAUAUUACAGAGAUCAUAUACGCAAAAAAUCAUAAUCACCCAAAACCUUCACCUAACCGCCGUUCAGGCAUUGGAUCAUCUGGGACAUGCAAUGACAUGCAACUAGAUGGAACCGAACAACAAGAAAGUUUUGCUGGAACUGAUGAGAACGUAGAAUGGACAUCACCUGUAAGCCAUUCUGGAUCAAUGCAGGUUCAAAGCGGAACUCAGUUCGGGUAUGGUGAUGCAGCCUUCUUUAACGUUGAAGGUGAAGAAGAGCGAACGUCCCACAUGAGUCUUUCCAUUGGUGGCAACGGAGAAGCAGAUGAAUCCGAGCCAAAGAGAAGGAAACUGGAAGCUUGUGCAUCACGAACCACCCGUGAGCCAAAGGUCGUGGUGCAGACCACAAGUGAUAUUGACAUCCUCGAGGAUGGCUAUCGCUGGCGCAAGUAUGGACAAAAAGUUGUUAAAGGAAACCCGAAUCCAAGGAGCUACUACAAAUGCACAGCUAAUGGAUGCAUCGUAACGAAGCAUGUGGAGAGAGCUUCCGAUGACCUAACGUCCGUAUUAACCACAUACAUAGGCAAGCACACCCAUGAAGUACCUGCAGCACGCAACAAUAGCAGCCACCUGAGUCCAGGCAGCUCAGGGACCAUCCCAGGCGGUUUAGCGACUCAGACCCAGAACCACCAAGUGCACUAUCCAGUGCCACACAGUAGCUCUGAGGGAAUGGUCACAGCCAAUUCAUCUCUAUUUGACUUCCAGACACCCAUGAGACCUCCUCCUUGGGCUGGUUUCUCGGCUUACGGUGGCGAAACUGAGCUUCUGGGUCUUUCAAUAUCAGGUUUAGCUAUCGGACAAGAGAGGUUCACCGGCCUGCCAACGCCUGCAAUUGGUGAUACAGCUGAGAUGAUGUUGCAGCUACCAGCAGAGCCCAAGGUGGAACCAGUGUCACAACAGGAACUUGGACUCUCGAGGAGCUCACUGAUAUACAGCGAUAUGAGUAGAUUACCACAAAUAUGAAAACCAGAUUAUUUCUUCACGGAUUGUUUUGUUCGUGUUUGAAUAAACAGUAGUUAGAGUUAAGGGAAGCUAAAGCUGUUUUUUUUUUUCCAAAGUCUUGUGGCAUGAUUCAAGUGCUAAAAAUAUAAGUAAUCUAAAACAUAGC